CGAUGGGUGCUGGUUACGGAAAAUCGACGCAGCAACGUCAAGCAGCAUCGUCUUGCAUCUCAUAUGUUCGUCCAGUUGAGCAUGUAGCCACGCCCACCUCUGCACUCGUUCUCAGAGCUAAUCAUAUCACCUGCAUUCAACAUCACCCCCGACUUGCGAAGCUGUCCCACCUUAGAGAAGAAGUAUACUGUAGCUUCAAUACUUCGUAGGGUUAUAAGGUAGGGAGAUGCUGCAAAAUGACAACAACUCUGACCCUACCAAACGGUAGUCCCAUCACGUACGAUUCGGCAAAACGAAAAGACUACAACGUGAUUAGGCGAGUUGCGCACGCCGCCGCAACCGACGACUUCCGCAAGCUCCUACAACAGCAUGAGAAGGACAUCAUCGCCAUCGUGCGCCAUCACCUCAGCCUAGACCCCUGGGAUACUUGCCAGGUCCAGUCGCAACGGAUAGCCGGCGGCUUCAAUCUAUGCGUACCUAUCCAAGUGACUGGCAGCUUGAAUAGGACGCUCUUGCUGAGAUGUCCUCUACCACACAUGCACGCAGAGCCGUAUUAUCCUGGCAUGGUUGACGAGAAUGUCCGCAGCGAGGUUGGUGCGUAUGCAUGGAUAGAGGAGAACUGCCCUACCAUCCGUAUUCCUCGCCUGUACGGAUUCGGCUUCUCCAAUAAUACUGACUUUACACACGAGUCUCGCGCUGGAAUCCACGUACUGCUUUUGCGAGGGAUUCGCCGCGCCCUUCAUCGAAUGCCUGGAUACCCUACGUUGACUCACUUCGCACCAAGUCCCUUACGGCACGGUCUACCGACUGCGUACAUGGUCAUGGAAUUCGUGGGCUCGGAAGUGGGCCAACCGCUAUCUACCACCUGGGACCAGUAUCGACAAGAUCCAAAUCGUUUGCAGACACUUUGCCGAAGCAUGGCGCGCAUCAUGGUUGCCUUAUCCAGAGCCCCAUGGCCUAGGAUCGGCUCCUUCCGCUUCAACGAUAAUGACACCAUAACGCUCGCCAACCGACGGCUUCUGUGCUCGACCACGAUACUUGAGAGUGAAGGCACGCCGAGGACGAUGCAGACCAAUGAGACUUAUGCAUGUACAGAGCCGUUUGUAGCGGAUUUGAUACACCUGCACGACAAUCGUCUGCUCAGCAACCCCAGCGCGACCGACGAAGAGGAUGAUUGCCGCAGCCAGAUGGCCGUCCGGGCAUUGUUGCGGACAAGGGCCCGCCAUUUUGUCCUGAAGGAACGCCGCAACGGACCCUUUGGCGUCCAACUGACAGACUGUCAUCCCGGCAAUUUUUUCGUUGAUAAAGACUGGAAUAUCACGUGCAUCUUUGACCCCGGGGAAGUGUGUUCUCUGCCGCUGGAGAUGGUAUCAGUGCCAUAUUGGCUGACUGGGCGCGCAAUCUCUGACUUACACGGGGAAGACCUGGAGGAGUUCGAUCACGUUCGAACACGUUUUAUGCAGAUGGUCGAGGAGGAAGAGCAGAAGAGCAGAAGAGCAUUGUAAGCAUCUCACUAUCUAAGAUCAUGCAUCAGAUGUGCGAAUCGCGGGGCGACUGGUUCUGGCAUUCCCUGAGCCCGGUGGACGCAGCGUUUUGGCUUGUUGCGGACCAUCUCUGUCCGAAGUUCCAAGCGCGACUAUCCCUGCAAGUCGAGCAGUCCUUCUCACAGUUCUGGUGUGAAAAUGUCGACCAGAUCGUGAAGGAAAAGCUGGAUGACUAUGAGAGAUGUGAGAAUGAACUUGGACAGUUAUUUCAUAGUCG